GGUGUCUAAAUGACCAGGUGAAAACUUGAUCUGAACUAGGACUUCAAGUGGAGAUGAUGCUGUCACCACUUCUUGAACCAUCCCCCUUUGCGACAAAGCAAACAAUUCCUGUAUCCAGAUGCUGCACAAAUAGUGAGGAACAAUGGACUGGCUCCCAACAAAGAGUGAACAGAUGCUGGGGGAAGGUGUCCCACCUGAAAUGGAGAUGAUCUGGAAAGCUGAAGCACUCUGAAUGAACCAACAUGGGUUUGCGACUGUUGGGUUGUCUCUUUAAUUUACCCACUGCUGUGAUCUAUGGGUCCCUGUCGCUCUUUGUUUCCAUUUUGCACAAUGUAUUCCUCCUAUACUACGUGGACACCUUUGUUUCUGUUUACAAGAUUGAUAAACUGUCCUUUUGGAUUGGGGAGACCGUGUUUUUAAUUUGGAACAGCCUCAAUGACCCUCUCUUCGGCUGGUUGAGUGACCGGGUAUUUCUUAGCACACAACAGUCAGGGGUGGAGAUCUCCUCACCAGAAGUCAUUCUUAAGAGACUUAAGGCACUGAGCCGCAAUGGGCCCCUUUUUGCCAUCUCUUUCCUGGCUUUCUGGGUUUCAUGGGCCCAUCCAGGUCUACAGUUCCUCCUGUGCCUCUGCCUCUAUGACAGCUUUCUUACCGUGGUGGAUCUCAACCACAAUGCCUUGCUCGCAGACCUUGCUGUUUCUGCAAAGGACAGGACUAGCCUCAAUUUCUACUGCUCGCUUUUUAGUGCCAUCGGUUCCCUCUUUGUCUUCAUGUCCUAUGCAGUGUGGAACAAAGAAGACUUCUUUUCUUUCCGGAUAUUUUGUGUGGUGCUGGCUGUCUGCUCUGUUGCUGGAUUUACUCUGGCAACGUGGCUGCUAAGACAACGAUUUGAGACUGAAGUGAAAGUGAAAUGGGACCAAGAGUCAACUUUAAAAGAAUUGUACAUUGAGCAACCAUCUGCCCCGCUGGAGAAGAGGAUUACACUGGGAGAAUACCUCAAACAGCUGUCCCGGCACCGCAACUUCCUCUGGUUCGUCUGUAUGAACCUAGUCCAGGUUUUUCACUGCCACUUUAACAGCAACUUCUUCCCUCUCUUCUUGGAACACUUGCUGUCAGAUCGGAUCUCUCUCUCUACCGGAUCCUUCCUACUAGGUAUUUCCUACAUCGCCCCUCAUCUCAACAACCUCUAUUUUCUGUCUCUCUGUCAAAGAUGGGGGGUUUACGCGGUGGUGCGAGGGCUCUUUUUCCUGAAGCUGGCUCUCAGCAUCAUCAUGCUUCUAGCUGGAGCCGACCAGGUGCAUCUUCUCUGCAUCUUCAUAGCCAGUAACCGGGUGUUCACGGAAGGAACGUGCAAGCUGCUGAACCUGGUUGUCACUGACCUGGUGGAUGAGGAUUUUGUCUUGAACCGCAGGAAGCAGGCGGCCUCAGCACUGUUGUUUGGGAUGGUUGCCUUGGUAACCAAGCCUGGCCAGACCUUUGCCCCCCUGAUUGGCACCUGGCUGCUCUGUACUUACACUGGUUAUGACAUUUUCCAGCGGGCCCCUCUGAGCAACGUGGUGAGUGCCCAACCGAAGCUGGCGUCCCACGGUGCCUGGGAACCAACUCUGCGCCAGGGCUGCUUUUACCUCCUCGUCUUCAUCCCCAUCACAUGUGCAUUACUGCAGCUCCUCAGCUGGUCGCAGUUCACCCUGCAUGGAAGGCGCCUCCAGACGGUCAAGUCCCAGCGCCAGAGCCUGACUCAGAGUCGAUCACAAGAGAUCAAAAUGAUCUAGAUGUGCCUGAGCCCUUCGGCUCUCACUGACUCUGUGCUGGGGGUGUGGUUCCGCCGCUCUACAGUCCGGGGGAUGCAGACUGAGGCGAAGGGGCUUGCUGGCUAAGAACUGAAAGUGUUUACAAUUCAACUGUGAAAUGCUCACCAUGCAGACGUUUCCUCGCUCCAGGGGGCAGUCGGUUUGGAAGGCAGGUACAUCCGAGACAGGGGUGACUGGUGUGUGCUCAGAGUGGGGGCGUUUGCUCAGGCAAUCAGAUGGAGUCUUAGCGCUUGCACUUUUUGCACCCAGGGCCCACUGAGGUGCUGCUGAUCUCAAGGGAGGGUGGGUGACAGUGGCCCAGAGCAGUGGUCUCCAAACUUUUUUGAUCGCACAGCCCUAUCAGUAAAAAAAUUUUUGAGCACGCACUCCCUGCUGCGCCGAAGCGCCAAAAAAAAAAAGUGCUGCUUGGACUCUCGCCUGACAAAGCGUCCCCCCCACACCCCCAAAAAAAGCGCUCCUCCUGCCGCACACCCCUAAGGAUCCUCUUGCGCACCCCACUUUGGAGACCACUGGCCUAGAGUAAAGGAGACAGGCAUUCUAACACCGUCUCUAGUGCAAUAUCUCACCUCGUGGGGCAUCGGUGGGAAAGCAGAUGCCGUUGGGCCAGCCCAGUGGUGGUUUUGUGCAGUGUUAGCCAGGAAACCUGGGCUCAGGGCAGCUCUGCACUAGACACUUGACCAGUGUGCUAGUUAAGGGGGUGACCAGUUUUAUUUUUUACUGGCAAAAGUCCCAGUGUAGAUGCAGUUAUACCAGCAAAAUAAAGCUUUUGUGGCUAAAGCUUAUUCAGUUCAGGGAACUGGCAUAAGCCACACAGGCAAAAGCAGUCUUGUGUGGCUAUAAGCUGCAUCUCCACCUAGCCUUACCUUCAGUCCUUCCUAGUGUGGACUAGGCCUUUGUCUCCUGCCCUGCUCUCGCUCCCGAACUCAGCAGGAGCAGGUAGGGUGGCAGAGGCAUUGUGGUCAUCUCCUUCAGGGAACGGAUGCUGUUCCUCACCAGGCCCUGCAGCCAGUUAGGGGGCAGGCUUGACAUUCUCCAGCGGGGGAGGGCUGGAAGAAGGGGUGACUCUGAGGCAGGGCUCUGGAGUUAGAAGGGGGUUUACAGGAUGAAAAAUUGGGAUGGGGGAAUCUUCUAGGUGUUUGGGAUUGGGAUUUGAGACUCUUCAGUGUAGCUACUCCCUACUGACAUAAUGCCUUACCCCUAAUUCACUGCAGAGAAGUGACACGGUUCUUAGAUCGAGCCCAUUCUGUCGGGUUAGUCCCAAUGCUAAUCACUUUCACGCAGCCUGCAGAGGCCUGUAUGAACGUGAUGCCGGACUCCCUGCAGUGAACGGGCAGGGUGGGGGAGAGCCCACGUUCCCCAUGUUACUGCCUUUCAUCCGGGGGUUGCUUAUCUGCUGCUUUCUCUGCAAAAUAACUCUCUGUUCUUGAAGCCCGUUUUUAAACUGAGUUUAGGACCGCCUGAUGUGGGGAGGGGGCUCUAGAGCCACCCCCACCCCAAAGGGAAUUGAUACAGCAACACCAGCUUUGUUGGGGACCUGUCCACCGGUGCGAUUGCUGAGCACCAUAACCCCUCCUCUUUGCAAGACAGCCCAGGGCCUUACCACACAAGCCCUGUGCUCUCUCACACAUUCAUCCCUGCACCACAAGUAAUCCCCCGGAAAUCAACAGAGCUGCCUCAGCCUGGAGCUGUCGGAUUGAGCUCCAUGCAACCAAACUGUACCUGGUAAGGGGAAUAGUUGUGUCUACCCCAGUCUGGGGGCAGCGGAGCCUCUGUUUUAAAUCAUCCUGACAAACCUGAUAGAGCCUAAGACUGAGCCCAUCCCUCUCUGCUGCUGGGGAGGGGAAGCCCAACCCUGCCCUGCUACCAGGUUCUUCUUGUACUCCUGGUUCUUCUUGUACUCCUAGUUCUUCUCUUCUACCAUUCGUGAAAUUCAGGCCCCACUGAAGUUUAUGGUAAAACUCCCACUGACUGCAGUGGGGGCAGGAUUUCACCCCAUCCGUGUAAACAGACGUUAGUUUUGUAUCAUCAGAGAGUAUACGUGCUGAGAAUGUAGAGCGGUAUCUAAACCAGUGAGAAUGGCAGCUCUGAUGAUAAACUGCUUAGCUUUUUUUGUCUUGUCUUGUUUUAAACCAUGUCCUAGUGAUUGACUGACUAACUCAGCAGCCAAGCAGAAGUUCCGGAGCGAGAUAGCAAGAGGGGUUGAAAUCUACAGAAGACCUUGACCACGCUGGGGUCAGAACAAGCACACAUUUGUAGCUAGCACAGUUCUGAUCCAGGUUGCUUGCAGGAGAUGUUGAUCUGUGAAAUCCCCUAAUUGGUUUGUCUCAGAAUGGUUUAUGCUGAGUCUAUUUCUGCUUGAGUCGGCAAAACUGGAUCAUGACCAAGAUGUAUCGUGCCAAAGCACUUUGGGAUUUAGUCUCAGUUUUGGCUGGAGGUGGACAAGCACCCACCUACUCUCACAGCUGCAGGAGAACAAGGAAAGCAUCAGGAGCACGUGAAGGCCAAACUCCCCCAUCAUGUAUGUGCUGUGUAUUCAGUUAGACACCAGCUAGGUGCCCCCGUUGGCGCUUCCUCUUGUUCUGCUGUUAAAGGUGGAGCCAGCCAAACUACUGCCGUUUCACCUCAGGACACAGCCGCCUUGGGCCUCAGACCAAGAUGUAACAAAGCUGUAAUAGUUACCGCCUGGAGGCAUCUGUAUCUUUUGACGGUGAACUCAUAACUUAUUUAUGUAAUUUUUAACAAACUUUGACAGAUUCUUCAUUUCCUAAUGAGCUGAUUAAAAAUGACCUUUUCUGUA